AAUCUCUAUACUUGAUUAGUGGUACAGCAACUUUAAACUUGGGUUUUCUCAAAAUGCUAGCUAGGAACGUAUACCAAUACUAAGGGUUGGUUCUGGAUGUGGUUACGCAGCGGACUAGUUAAAUUUGGAUUUUCUUUGAUUUGGCAGCCCUUAUAGGAGCUUGCUAUUUGCCGCCAACCAAAUUGCUAUUUGUCGCCAACAAAAAAAAAAAGUAUAUAUGUACAUCUUUGGUUAAGGAGUUUCACAAUCUACAACAUAUCCAACUUUCAGAGAAGGUAUUGAAUCAGAAAAAUUCGACGCUCGCCGAAAAAGUCGCCGAAAAAUCAUUGGGAAAAUUUCCGGCGGCCGGAACCUGGCCGGGCCGGAACCAGGCUGGGCCGACGGAAAUCGGUGGCCGGAGCCAGGUUGAGCCACAAAAUGUUUUCGGCUCAGCCUGGCUCCGGCCACCGAUUUCCGUCGGCCCUCCCUGGUUCCGGCCGCCAGAAAUUUUCGGCCCGGCCAGGUUCCGGCCAUCGAAAAUUUUCGGCCCACCGUCUGUUUUUGGAAUUUUUUGAAAAAAUUCGAUUUUAGGAGUUGAAUUUAGAGUUUAGGAGUUGAAUUUAGCAUUUAAGAGUUGAAUUUAGCGUGUAAGAAUUGAAUUUAGAGUUUAGGAGUUGAAUUUAGCGGUUAAGACUUGAAAUUAGCAUUUAGGUUAACAGGAAUAUUGAUGUGUUAUAUUGUAAUUGUAGGAAAAAUGUCAGAGUGGUUACCGGCCGAUCAUGAUUACACACAGGAAUUUGAGAAUGGGAUCCAUUAUGCAAGUGUGAAGUUAGCUGAGUUAGCUGCAAAAGCAUUCGCUCAGGAGUGUGGGUUCUUUAUUGUUAGAGGAGCAUGGAAACCGAAUACUGCUGGACUACAUCCUGUUACUGCCCUCUGUAUGUAUUGCGACAGAAGUAGUAGGAUCGUUAAGUCUUAUAAACCAGACCCUACGAAGGAGACGCGUGGAAAUAUUAGUUCGAAGGAUACUGGUUGCCAGUUUCAGAUAUGUAUUAAGGAAGUAUGGCAAGAGAAUGGUCCAAACACAUGGGUCAUAGUGGGAGUGACAAGUCGUGUAACCGGAGCUAAUAGAGGGUUUCACAACCAUGAAAAGGUGUUGUAUCUAGAACAUCACCGACACAACAAACAGUUUAGUGAGGCUGAAAAAGAGAGGUUAAGAUUAAUGAGGAAGGCGGGGGGUGAGACCAAAUCAGCAGAAGACAACACUCAAUACUGAAGGGGGUGUGCAUCAUGAUAUCAAACAGAUGUACAACAGAAAUUACAAAACAAGAUUGGAUGAGAUGGAUGCAAUACAGUUUGCGCUUCACGGAGCUGAACAGGGUCGGUACCAUAUCUGUUUGCAAAAGGACUCUAAUAAUGUGCUCACUAAUCUGUUUUUUGCGCACCCGACGUCCAUUCAGAUGUUGCAUGCAUGGUUGUACGUCAUCCUCAUUGACUCGACCUACAAGACCAACAGGUACGGCUGGCCAUGGGUUGAGAUUAUUGGGGUUACUCCAGUCAAGAAGAAUUUCAACAUUGCAUGUGCAAUUAUUAAGCAGGAAACAAAGGAAACAUAUGAGUGGCUGCUGCGAUGUAUUAAAGGGUUGCUCGGUGAUACGGUUCCGAAUGUCAUUGUGACAGACAAAGAAGGUGGUUUGCUUGCUUAUGUUCCUGUGGUCUUCCCUCUCCCACAUACUGUCCACCUACUAUGUUUAUGGCACGUCAACAACUGUGUGAAGCAAAAGUUUGAGCAAUUACUGGGUGGAAUUGCAAACAGAGAGGUAGCACAAGCGGUAUGGAAGAAAUAUUUCGACAAAGUUGCAUGGAGUUGGACUCAGGAGGGUUUUCUUCAAAAGAUUAAUGGGUUUGAGAGGUUCUGGACAGAGAAGAACAUAAAAAUGGUCGACUACGUGCGAGGUGAGUGGUUGCCUCAUCAGACAAUGUGGGCAAAGUGCUACACGAACCAUGUGUUUCAUCUUGGUAACACGAGCUCGAAUAGAGUUGAGUCAUCUCACUCUUCAUUCAAGACUUUCCAUGUGUCUGGUAGAGGAGCGAUUGACACUUAUUUUGCGAAGAACCACAACUACAUGGAACAUCAGUUUCUGGAAGUGGUGAAUGAACUGCACAAGUCACUGAACCGCAAUCUGAGUGGGGCAAUUGAGUCUUCGUCCACGUUUUUGAGGAGGGUCGUUAGUUGUGAGGCAAUCAAACUGAUGUUAGAUGAGGCGGGUUCCGCACCACCGGGGCGAUGGAUGGAUUCUGAGGACUUGUUCGUGUUUGCCACCAUCUACAACAUUGCAGUCAUGGUCUUCUCAUACCAGGUGUAUGAUGUCAAUAAUGCAAACCGUCCACUACCCAACCGCUACGAUGAUGCCUAUAUUGUAUUGCCUAUUGAUGCGGAACCAGGUAUUUUGCCACCAACCAUGUUCUUAUCACUGCACUAUGUGAACAACCACUACAUUCGAUUGUACUUCAACCAUGAUCAGUUUCCCAUACCCCCUCUGCAUCCAAUUUGGCAUGGGCUAGCAAAUCCUAAUGUGGCGGAGUGGGGAGCUAUUCUCGAGGUUGGACAAAAUUUGUUUGCGAGCCUUGGUGGUCGGCAGCGAGCCAGGCAGAAAGACCCCCGAAGAGCUAGGGGAAGGGGUAGGGGUAGGAGCAAUGCAUAGCAUUGCAAUGCUCUAUUUAUAUGUUGUUUUUUUCUAGUUGUAUUUUAAAUGGCCCUAGUGUCAUUAUGAACUUAUGGAUUUCAUUAUGGAUUUCAUUAUCUACCCUCAAUGUUUUAAUCAUGAGUGUGCAAACAUCCGAUCCAAACAUAAGUAGUCAAACAAACAUAAGUAGUCAAACAUCCGAUCUAAACAUAAACAUGGAAACAUGCAGUCUAAACAUAAACAUCCGAUCCAAACAUACAUAAGUAGUCAAACAUCCGAUCUAAACAUAAAUAUGCAAACAUGCAGUCUAAACAUAAACAUCCGAUCUAAACACAAAUAGUACAAAUCAUAAAUGAUCCAAACAUCAAAACAACUAAAAAUCCCCUGGAGGGGGGAGUCCCUGAGAAACCCAGUACUCAGUCUACACAUCAUGCACUACGUGCGGUGCCCAGUAGGCUCGUCGAGAAUGCUCAAGAAACUCCUCCUCGGUCCCUGCUGCUGCUUGAACCGUAGGUGCAAACGUGUACAAAAGGUCGCGAGCACGCUGCAUGAAAAAAACAAGAACAAUUGU